AUGGCGAGGUGGAUGAAGCCGUUACAGGCUUUCACUAGCUUGUUCAGGAAAGAUGAGAAUCAAGAGGCAGGAACAGACCGGCGGAAAUCGUCUCUGAAAAAAGUCGACAAAAGUUUCAAGGAUGCCGGCAGGAGUGGCCAGCGCUUGCGCUUCGACACCGAAAGGAUGAACACGGCCAACCCUGCUGAGCAAGACAAUCACGCCGAAAGGGAUGCGAAGGCAGCACCCAAAUGUGCGAAAGAUGCAGUGAAGGAUUCGUCGCGCGAAGGCUUUGGCGGGCCCAUCAGGGCAAAGCCAAUGCAGUCGACGCGAAACCGUGACGACGAGCUGAGCUGCCACGUCACUGCCGCCUACAUGUCCGUCACGGGCUAG